CAGGACUCACUGAGUCGAGUCGAGUCGAGUCACUCAAGAGAGAAAUCGAAAGAAAAGCACAGCAUCAAGCCGUUGCACCACAAGGUUGUAGUCUGGCUAGCUAGCUAGUCCACGAUGACGACAAUUCGCUAUUUUAUCCCAGAAGAUGGGGAUGAUGAAGCAUAUCCCAAUGUCUUUCUCGCUGCAAAAUCAAGGCAUGCUGGGGUUCCACCAACACUUGGACAGAUCCGGGAUGCCUUUCCGUUGCCAGGUCGGUAUCAUUUCCGCUUCAAAAGCCCACUGUUUCCUGGGGGCGACCGCGACAAAGAUGCAAUGGCUGUGUGGAUGGAUUGUGUAAAGGACACUGCGCCCGCUCCCACUUGGCGUAACACUAUUGUAGCAAAAGCAACUAGAUUGGGCAUGGAGGAAGAAGACGAUGAAGAUGACGAAGAAUUUGUCAAUGCCGGAUCAGCAGCACCACCUGCCAUUCCUCACUCCCAUUCGGCUCCAACCAGAAACGUAUCCAGUUCGGCUCCACCCCAACAACACGCGCCUCCCCCGCAACCAGCACCCUCCCACGCCCCAGAACCAUCAUUGGACAUUUUUGGCACUCCUGCUGCUCCGGCUUCUUCCAGUUUGUUGGAUGGCCAUCACCCGGCUCCUGCUCCUUCCUCGGGUGGCCUGUUGGAUAUAGACACACCUGUUUAUGGAGGUCAAGCCGCAGGCAGCAAUAUGCACAACGAUUUCUUGGGAAUGACGGCUCCCGUCAGUACCCCACAACAGGCGCAAACACCCGCCUUCAAUAAUCAACCGUAUGGCCAACAACCACAGCAGCAGCAGCAACGCCAGCAACAAAGCAUGCACCCAAACAACCAAAAUGCUUUCGGAAACUUUAGCAAUCAGCAGAGUCCUUUCGGGGGUCUGGGAACUCCUUGGAAGUAGCAUGUUAGAUCUGGCCAAAUCUGGAAUGGAACAAUGACAAUAAAUGAGGAAGGAAUGGUUUGGUUGAGGCUAUGCGGGCGCCGUGUAUCAAAGCUGUGUGCUGCUUGCCGUUGUUUGAAAGCGGUGGGGAGCAGGUUGGAUUUGGGUAGCAAUUCUAGCUAGGCUAGAUAAAUGAACAAUUUGCUUUUGCGCCUACAGCAUCAAAAAUCGGGCACCAGCCAGUCAUGCAGCACCGGAACUGGAAAGAACCCUCGUUGAACCAAGCUGGUGGUCGAUAUCGCAUGAGUACCUACCAUUCUGAAGUACUCGUGCUAUGCCACUACAGCAUUGUGCCAUUAGCAUCGGGAUUUUGAUGUUAGGUACUUUCAUGUACCGAAUGAAUAGAAUAAGCCCACAGAUUUAUGUAUUCCCACAACCCGCCAACCACUGGAAGCCAGAAGUGACUUGGUGCCACCAACAAAAGUUCCAACAGCUUCCGGUAGCCAACCACUAGCUAGCUAUACUAGUAGGAUGAUAGGCUGAGCAGCCCUGACCUCGUGCAUUAUUUGCUCAUCAAAAGCCAGAAAUGGUGCGGCGUGUUUAGUGAUGAACUCACUCUUCGGCUUGCUUUGAGAGUGAGAAGUAUGGAGCCAAAGGUUGGAGAUUCAUGGUUGGGAUGUUGGGAUAGAGCGAGCGAGCUGCAUCCUUGGAGUACCACCGUCGUAGUCUAUGCAAAGACCUGGACCCCAAAAUUGCCGUCUGGGCAAACACCAAGCAGCCAGGCCCAAGCAAGUUGCUUGCCACCAGCUCUAGUAGCCUGGCAAGGUGCAGCGAUGCUGCCUGCAUGCUUGGCAACCAACCGCCACUGAUCUGGGGAUCCCAAUAGGUUUGCAAUAUUUGGGAUACUGGUUCGUUGGGCUGUCCCAUCCUGCGGCUUGUUGUACGGUAGUCUUGGGAGAGUUGUCUUGAGAAUUGGUUGGGCCGGUCCCAACCUUCCUCUCAGCUCACCACCGGCCCAAGUACACGUAGCUGGGGUGAAUCAAAUG